AGGGUUAAUGCCUAAUGAAUAAAUCAGAAUAUUCCUCACUGUCCAUGGGUACAAGACUACAAGGAGUCCAAAACACUGAACAGUAGUCACUCUUGCUUGAAGCGUUGGAGCAUAGAUGGCUUAUCCUUCAUCUUCUUCUUCUACUUUCCUUAUGUUUCCACUCUUCCUCUUUUUCUUCCACAUCGGAAAUGUUCACGGCAAAGUUGUCAUUCCCGAAGACGGUUACACCGUCACCACCGUGCUCGACGGCCACAAGCAUCACAUCAACCCCUAUUCCGUCCUCCAGCGACCCGGUUCCUCCGAUCUCAUCGUUCUCGAUUCCGUCAACAGCGCUUUCUACACCGUGCAGUUCCCCAUAUCCCAAGAAAGUGUUUUCACCAAGUUUUCUGGAAAUGGGUCUCCUGGGUAUUCUGAUGGUGAUGUGGGUUUAGCUCAAUUUGAUAAGCCCAGAAGUUUUGCCUUUGAUCUGAGGGGGAAUAUGUAUGUUGCUGAUAGGUCCAAUCAAGCAAUUAGGAAAAUCACUGCAAAUGGUGUAACUACAAUUGCUGGUGGGUUCUCAGAAAAGUCAAGCAGACAGGAUGGACCUGCAAAUAAUGCAUCACUUUCAAAUGAUUUUGAGCUGUCUUUCAUCCCUGGCUUGUGUGCUUUACUGGUGUCAGAUCAUAUGCAUCAAUUAGUCUAUCAGAUUAAUCUGAAUGAGCAGGAUUGCACACUUGGUUCCAAGUCUGGGCUUGGUGCAGUUAUGACAUGGACUCUAGGAUUAGGACUUUCAUGUUUACUAGGCUUAGUAAUUGGGAUCGCAGUCCGCCCUUAUAUCAUCCCUCAUACAGGAAGGUUCCAGCCCUUACCAUUUCACCGCGACAUGGAAGCAUUGCCUAACCAGUCUGGGGAAUCUAGUACGGAAACUCUUCUUCGGCAUCAAAAGCGCAAUUGCUAGCUGCAAUUUGUCCUCCAUUUACACUGUCCUGACUACACUUUGGAGACUGACUAUCUCUCAUCUUCAUCUAAUGUUUAGCAUCAAUAUACUUUCUCCAACUCCUAGGCCACAUUUGGAAUCUGUAUCUUUGCUUGAUUUAGAUGCCUGUAAUAGUGGUGAGAUAGCAAAGUCAAGCAAGUAUCAUGACCAGUUAAAGGAUUUAAUGAGUUUUGAUGAAGACCUUAAGGAUUCAACAAAGGCAACCUUGUCCAACCAAGGAAAUGAUGCUAGUGAUGUCAUGAUGCAGCUUAAUAUGGGUUUUGCUGAAGCACCUAAAAGUAACUUUCUUCAUCAAGAAUCAUCUGUAUGUAGUUUGGGUAUUGUCAAGCGGAGGUAAGGCUAUUUGUACCAAUGGACUAUGUUAUGUGAGUAGAAUGCAAAUAAUAUCGUGUUAUUGUCAUGGGCAUAAUUUGGGCGUUGUGAAGCGCAAAAUACAGAACAAUGUUCAAUGACUAGUAUGUAAAUUCUGUCACCAGCAUCGUGUUUUUGAUAUAACAAAAACCUUGUAAAUUA